CAUGGUGCGAAGAAAGUUUAAACAGAAGAAUACCUAAGGUGAAGUCAUGCUGUGUUCUUUCACGUUGACGGCACCACCACCACCGCCACCACACUGCCUCAGCAAACGGAAGAAACACAGACAACUCUUGCCGCUCAUUCUAGCAUACACAAGUUCACGUCUUUGCCUCUCCGUUAGUGCAGAAAAUAAAGAGUUUAUGGAUAAGGGAGCUGUUUUCAUUCUUCCAUGUAGUUCUACUGUUUUGUUGUUAAACCUAGUGGAAGGUCAUGGGGAAGGACUGAGAAAUUUAGAGUGAGCAUAUUGUGUUGUGUGUUUGGAGUAGAGCACAUGUGGUAUACGGCGAGGUAUGCAAUUCCUGAAACUUCCUCGCCUUCUUAUGCCACAUAUGAGGAGGAUACAUCUACAUUCGCAGCCAUUGCCAUCGGAAAGCACUUACAGAAUUGGUGGUAUUGAUGAUGCUGUGGCUUUGAUUCAUCGCAUGGUUGAUAUGCAUCCCCUGCCAUCGAUUGUGGAAUUCACCAAAAUCUUAGGAAUGAUUGUGAAGAUGAAAUACUAUGCGACAGCUAUUAAUCUAUAUACCCUAAUGGAAUAUAAGGGUGUUGUGCCGUUUACAGUCACUUUUAACAUUUUGAUCAACUGUUUCUGCCACAUGGGUCGGAUGGAUUUUGCAUUCUCUGUAAUGGGUAAGAUUAUUAAGUGGGGUUGUCAACCAAAUGUGGUGACUUUUACUACGCUGAUGAAGGGAUUGUGUGUUAAUGAUAAGAUGCUGGAUGCACUACACAUUUACAAUGAAAUGGUUGCACGAAGGAUUUUGUUCGAUGAUGUUCUCUAUGGAACCUUAAUCAAUGGGCUGUGUAAGAGUAAGAUGGGAAACACAAGAGCUGCCAUUCAACUGCUUCAGAAGAUGGAGGGACAGUUGGUUAAGCCCAAUCUUGUAAUGUACAAUACAAUUGUCCAUUGUUUGUGCAAAGAUGGACAUAUAAAUGAGGCACGUGUUUUGUGUUCCAAAAUGAUUGUUCAGGGAAUUUUCCCAGAUAUUUUCACUUUUAGUUCAUUAAUUUAUGGUUUGUGUCGUGCAGGCCAACGGAAAGAAGUUAGAUCUUUGCUGAAUGGGUAUUGUUUAAACAAUAGAGUGGAUGAGGCAAGAGAGUUAUUUAAUUUGAUGAUUGAAAGAGGUGAACAACAUGACAUUAUUAUUUACAAUAUUUUGAUGAAUGGAUAUUGUUUAAACAAUAAAGUCGGUGAGGCAAAAAAGUUAUUUCAUAGGAUGAUUGAAAGAGGUGAACAACCUGACAUUAUUACUUAUACUAUUUUGAUGCAUGGAUAUUGUUUGAUUGAUAGAGUGGAUGAGGCUAGAAAAUUAUUUCAUGGGAUGAUUGAAACGGGUUUGGUGCCUGAUGUUUGGAGCUAUAACAUCUUGAUUAAAGGUUAUUGCAAGAUUGAAAGAGUGGAUGAAGCUAUGAAUGUACUUGAACAUAUGUUUCUUACGAAUUUAGUUCCAAAUAUUAUAACUUACAAUUCUCUGGUUGAUGGUUUAUGCAAAUCUGGGGGAAUCUCUGAUGCAUGUAAGCUUGUUGAUGAAAUGCAUUAUUGUGGUCAACCACCUCCAGAUGUAACCACUUACAAUAUCUUGUUAGAAUCUUUAUGUAGAAUUGAGCAUGUUGACAAGGCAAUAGCAUUUUUUAAACAUCUCAUCUUCGAAAGAAGUUUUGCCCCUAAUGUUUGGAGUUACAACAUAUUGAUUAGUGGCUGUUGCAAGAAUAGAAGAUUGGAUGAAGCCAUGAAUCUUUUUAAUCAAAUGUGUUUCAAGAAUUUGGUUCCAGAUAUUGUAACCUACAAUAUCUUGUUAGAUGCUUUAUGCAACGGGCAGCAACUUGACAAGGCAAUUGCAUUAUUAAAAUAUCAAAUUGUUGAUCAAGGUAUUAGUCCAAAUUUGCGCACAUACAAUAUACUUAUAAAUGGGUUGCACAAAAGUGGGAGGCCAAAGACUGCACGGAAGAUUUCCCAGUAUCUUUUCAUUAGAGGCUAUCAUCCAGAUGUCCAAACCUAUCUAAUCAAUGAGCUUUGUAAAGGCUAUCAUUAGAGGCUAUCUUCCAGAUUGUUAGAAUAAAGACAGGCCUCACUUUUACAUUAAAUGGAAUGCAAUCGGCUCCCUUCCAUGAUAUCGGAGUCAGUUAUUCAUCUGCUUUGGAGAAAAAGGUAGGAAUGAUGAAGCUGAGAAGCUUUUUUGACAAAUGAUCACUACAUGUGUGGAAACCAAGGCCUUCCCUGAUUGCAAUAUGCAUCGAUGCGUUCACUGAUUGUGAUUUAUGAAAGUUUACUGAGUGGAAAUGCUGCUUGCAGUCACUAGGGCACCCUGUUCCAGGGAACUGCUCCCCCUUUUUUCCUACUGCCUUCAAUUUCAACUCCAGGCAAUACUAGGGGCAAACAGCUAGAGAAGUUGCUUCGGCUGCUUUAUAUUCACUGCUCCUGCAAGCUUUUCAAGGUGCUAUCGAAGAAAAACAUGAAGAAUUUUUUUUAUGUGCAUGUUGAAUCGUGGUUUUUAACCCUGCGAAAAAGGAACAUAACAGACACGAGAGAAAAUUAUUAAAAGGGAUCUGCAAAUAAUAUUCUUAUGAAUUUGGUUUUUUCCCGAUUCUGGUGGCAUAAUCUACUCUAUGUAAUGGUAUGGGGCCAUUGUUGUUAUGCAUGAUGGAGAAUUCUUGGGCAGUUAUAGCAUCUUGAUUAUAGCUUCCACCCAAAUCUCUUCUAUUCCUCUUUCCUCCUUGUUCAGGGUCUUCAUUGAAGAGAAUUCUAAUAAAAAGAAAAAAAAAAAAAGGAAUGGAGUGAAGAAAGGGAGAUAUAUCUGGUUUUCAUUGACUUGAAGGCUUUGAAAAAGAAAGGAUUUUGCAUUUAUAGCCCAUACACCAAGGAAAUUAGAAAGAGGAAAAUGAUCGCAUGGAUAAAGUGUAGCACAAGAUGAGAAGAAAAAAUAGAUGAUCUAAGAAGUGUGUUUUUAGUUUGUAAAGCUAAUUUCAUUGUUCAGAAAUUAUUUAUAACCUAUUCCAAAUGGAUAACACAAAUAGAUUGAGAUAUCUUUUAUAUAGAAUUGUCAAGUUUUAAUAGAUUAAUGUUAUU